AUAAAAGAGAACAUCCCAAUCGAAAGAAGGGAUUUGUGGAAACUGUGGUUCCUAAUUAUUGAGAUCCAACAUUUGCCUCACAUUUCAGGAUGAAAAGACAAACAUUUCAGGUGAAGGAUAAUCAAAUUCUUACCUCUGAAACUGUGUUAUGAUCUAUAUGACCUUAUUAUUUUUAUUGUGAGUAUUAGGCUUAUCAUUAUUGCUGAUCACCAUUGUUGUGUUAUGAUGUUGUAAUAUUUACCAUUAUAUAAUCAGAGGAGAAUAGAAAAGUUUAUGAAAGUGUCACCCCAAAAUACAAUAGCAAAAUAUAUAAUUAUGUAUAGUACUUUUAUGUUACAUUCAUACCCAUUGUGGGAGCCGUCUCUUUAAUACUGCAUGGUUUAUAUACAUGUUGUUGCUGAUUGGGCAGAAAUUUCUGACACACCCACCAAACAAGAGAAAACAUAUCUCAAACCCAUUGCACACCGUUGCACACCGUUUCCAGGAAUCAUGUGGUUCAACCCGGAAACCAUAGCAAAACAUUGCGCACCGGUUUGAGCUUGAACGUGCCCCAGGCAGAGACUGACUUGUUAUUUCUCCUUCCUGUCAUACUGACUUUGUCUCGACAAAAGCAUAAAAGAAUCGUCUAUCAUUGAAGAACAAAGAUAAAAACCUUUUAAGAAGGAUUUUUGAGAAGUUUGUUUCUGAACAGACAGCAGAUCUUUGUGGUUAUUCAUUUUUGAAAACAUCAUUCAGAAAGUGAAAGUAAAGUUUAGACUGCAGGAGCUCAAACAGUGAAAAUGGCUUCACUAUCUGAAGAUGAUCUUUCUUGUCCCGUGUGUCAUGAAAUCUUCAGUGUUCCUGUUAUUUUAUCAUGUAGUCACAGUUUCUGUAAAGAGUGUCUUCAACAGUUCUGGAGAACCAGGGAAGCUCAGGAGUGUCCUGUCUGCAGGAAAAGAUCAGCAAGAGAUCUUCCUCCAGUUAAUCUUGCGUUAAAGAACUUGUGUGAGUCGUUCCUGAAGGAGAGAAAUGAGAGGCGUUCAUCAGGAUCUGAGGAGAUCUGCAGUUUACACAGUGAGAAACUCAAACUCUUCUGUCUGGAGGACAAACAGCCUGUGUGUUUAGUGUGCAGAGAUUCAAAACAACACGACAAUCAUAAAUUCAGACCCAUCGGUGAAGUAGUUUCAUCAUAUAAGGAGGAUCUCAAUACAGCACUGAAGUCCUUACAAGAGAAACUUAAACACAAUAAAAAGAUUAAAGGAAAGUUUAAGAAAACAGUUCAACACAUCAAGUCUCAAGCUGAGCACACAGAGCGUCAGAUUAAACAGCAGUUUGAGAAGCUUCAUCAGUUUCUCAGAGAUGAAGAAGAAGCUACAAUCACUGCACUGAGGGAGGAAGAGGAGCAGAAGAAGCAGAUGAUGAAGGAGAAGCUGGAGGAGAUGAACAGACACAUCUCAGCUCUUUCACACACAAUCAAAGACAUGGAGGAGAUGAUGAAAGCCAGUGACGUCUGCUUUCUGAAGGAGUUUCCAGUCUCAAAGGAAAGAGUCCAGAGCUCACGUCUGGAUCCACAGAUGGCAUCUGGAGCUUUGAUUCAUGUGCCACGUUACUUGGGCAACCUGCCAUUCAGAGUCUGGAAGAAGAUGCAGGACAUCGUCCAAAACACUCCUGUCAUUCUGGAUCCAAACACGGCUCAUCCACGUCUCGUCCUGUCUGAUGAUCUGACCAGUGUGAGAAACAGCGAGAUCAAACAACCUCUUCCUGAUAAUCCAGAGAGAUUUGACUGUUGUGUCUGUGUUCUGGGUUCAGAGGGAUUUAACUCAGGAACACACUGCUGGGAUGUGGAGCUUAAAGAGAGUCCAGAGUGGGGUCUUGGAGUAACUACAGCAUCAAACCAGAGGAAGGGACGUGAUUUCUCUAAAACUGAUGUCUGGUGUGUGAAGCACAGUCAGUUUAAACAGAAGCUUGAUCGAGUGAGAGUGAAUCUGGACUAUGACAGAGGAACGGUGUCAUUCUCUGAUCCUGUAACUAACACACAUCUACGCAGAUUCACAACCACCUUCACUGAUACACUCUUUCCAGUCUUCAAUUUUUUUGGCUCUCUGAGGAUCUUUCCUGGCCAAUAGUCAGUAAUCAUCACUCCUGUAGGUCUGGUCUCUUUGAGUCAGACAAAACGCUCAUUAUGAACAUGUAAACAGGUAAACCAAACAGACAGUGCAAACGUGUGUUUGAAGUGUCCAACAGGCGAAGAGAACGCGCUCUUUCCUUAGUGUUCUCAAAAGUGCAUGUUGAAAGUGUGUGCUCACUCUUUAGGGCUUUGAGGCUGUUAUGUUUAUGGUUUAGGACAGCAUUAUCAUUAAACUCAACCAAAACAACAUGGAAUUAUCGAGGAUAAAUUUGGCAGAUGAUUAUAAUGGUUGAAUUAUAAUCCAGUAUAAUUAAUAUGAAAUAUGCAUAUGAAAAUGUAAAACCAUUAUUUAAAAUUGCCGUGGGGGGAUGACAGUGGAUAUACCUUCGAUCAAGGCCCAAACUUUGUAAGUUUGUAAGGAGCCAAUAAAAUACUACACCACAUGUAUAAUCAUCUUGGCUAUAUAUUACGGUGGCGUACUUGCCUCAUACAUUAUAUUUUUUUUCCACUCAAUUAUGUCGUUAAGACAUCUUUUCUCAUAAUAACGAGAUGUUAUGUCAUUAAAAUGACAUAUUUUGUAGGCAUAUAUGACGUGAACGUAUAGGCUACCGUUAUCUGAUCUAUAAUAGAGAAUUUAUCCUAGAUCAGUGCCUUUAUCACACUUCCGCACUCGAAAAGCAGAAGCAAAUAUAGUGUAAAAUACCUUUCGAUGCCUGUAUCGAUGGCAGUGCCCAUAGAGUAAUGAACACAAUAUUAUGGUUUUAUUGGCGUGAAGCCUAUGCAGUUUCUAAUAGCCUAAUAAAACACCAUUUCAUCAUUUAGUAUUACUUAUUUUCUGGAAAAUAACUCGCACCUGAUUAUGCCACAUGCACCAAGUCAGAAUUAAGUUUUUGAGAGAAAAAAAUUAUCAUUGUUGUUUCAGUCGCAUUUUAUUAUAGGCCUAUUCAAAAAUAAUGUAGCUAAAAUACCGGUAAACAGGCCUGGCUCUACAGAUACAAUAAUAAUGCUAUAUUGUCAUAGACCUAUUUAUGAAAAUAAAAAUGAUAAAUGAAAGUGGAGACAAUAGCCUACCUCAAAAAAGGUCUACAUUACUUUUCCAACAUUUGUGUCAUUACUCUUAAAAGUACCCUAAUGAAAAUUAUGUUUGCAGCUGUAAGUUUAUUGGCCUCGAUGAGUCUGAGACUCAAGGUCAGAGAAGAUUGUGUCUCAGACAGCAUUAAAUAAUUCAUGAAUAUUUGUAAAUAUUCGUGGCUCAAACAGCUGGAAAAAUUACUGUAGGUAUACUGCAGUUCUGUGGAUGUUUUACCUAGGCAAGGUUAUUAGCCUAUAGUUGACUAAAAAACUAUUCAAAACAUUUAUGCUAAUCAAAAUAAACCUGAAAUAUAAGAAAAUAUAGCCUAAAUAUUAGGUGAAAAUUAUAUUUUCAAUAUA